CCGCACCUUUUCCCUCCCCUGCCUUCUCGCCCUCAAUCGCAAUUGUAUUUCCCGAAUAACGAGAGAGAAGAGAAAGGCAGCGAGCGAGGGGGUGUGGCGAUUAGGGCUUUUUUUCUCCCACCCUUCAGAAAUUGGGAUCCAUACUCCUCUAUGUCGCUGCCAAAUCCCUCACCCACCUCCGUAAAAGAAGGAGGCGAAGAGGAAGAGGUCGAGAAGAAAGAAGAGAAGCAGGUCGAGAAAAAAGAAGGAGAAAAAGCGGCGGAGAGAAAACAAGAAAACCAGGUCGAGAAAGGCCAGGCUUCUGCGCCCUCCCCAAUCCCAUCGAUCAACCAUUUUUUUAAUCUCAACGCCGCCCUCUCCGAUUUCGUCCGCCAAUGGGACGGCCUCCUGCACUUCCUCGACUCCAUCGGCGCCUCCAUCGAUGGCCGCUCCAAGGAUCUCGACGCCCUCCAAACCCCCGACGGCGAGCAAGUGGCGGCCAUGGCAGUGAAAAAAGAAGCAAAGUCCGGCCAAGAAAAGCCCUCGUUGGAUGAACCCCGAGCGGAGCUCCACUCGAUCUGCGAGACCAUGGGCAGCCGCUUCCUCCGCAAGUUCGUCACCACCCACUUCUCCGAACUCGAUUGGCUCCGCAGAGAAGUCCCUGCCGCCCUCCGGCGCGCCCCCAGCCCGGCCAGACUAGUCUUCGAUUCCAUCGGGCGGUUCUACCUUCAGGGCAGCAAGGCCUAUGAGCGCAAUCCCACGGUGAUUGUCGGCCGCCGUGCCUGCAUUCUCAUUCUGGAGUUUUACGUCCUCUCCGGUUUACCCUCGGAGAUCGAAUCCUCUGUCAAGCAGGAUGCCAUGGUGGCUGCCCUCGCCUGGAGGAGCAGGCUUGUUGCAGAGGGUGGCGUCAAGUCUGCGACGGCUGUGGAUGCUCUGGGCCUGGCUCUUUUUGUUGCGUCGUUUGGCAUCCCGAAUGAUUUUGGGUGUGACGUGAUGUAUCACCUUCUCCGGUUGAGCAAUCUGAAGAAGAAAGCUGAUGUCUUCCAGCAAUCCCCUAUCAUCCGCGAGAAGAUUCCAGAUAUCAUUAAAGAAUUGCUAAGCAAGGACAUGCAUGUUGAAGCAGUUCACCUGGCUUGUGCUUUUGGGCUGGGGGAGAAAUUUCCCCCGAUCCCUUUGCUAUCUUCUGUUUUACUGAAAUCAUUGCAGACUGCAAAAGAACAAAGAGAAGGACAAUCACUGGAAGGAGCCAAUAAAAAGCAGUUAGCAGUGCUUAAAUCAGUAGUUAAAUGUGUGGAAGAUAACAAACUUGAUCCUUCUGAGAUUGCUAGUUUUAAUUUAUAUCAGAAGAUUGCUGGUUUAGAAAGAGAUAUUGCAAAAGGUAAGCAGAAAUUUAAAAAUAAAAACCUCAAGCGAAGGGCUGAGGAGGCUGGACCCUUGAACCAACCAGAAACACAAGCUAAACGUCUUUGGCCUGCUCCAGCAGAAGUGUCUCCUGGGGUUACCCCUCAUCUAACUAUGCAAACUCAGGAGCAGAGAAGCCCCGCACUAUCUGAUACUAAAGGUUUAUACAAUGGUCUUACCCUGCAAAGCAUGCAUGAUGGUGGAUUCACAGGAUCGCAUUAUAGAAGUGGCACGGAAUUACUGACAGGAGGUGUGCAUGGUUCAGCAGGAGUUGGCGGUAGUAUUGAACCUGCUGCUGCUGCAGAUAGUGGUGGAUUAACACUGGGAAACAAUGUUGGGUCAUAUGCAAACAUCAGUGGAGGUUCAUAUGGGUGGCAUCAAGAUGGAGCACUUGAUGCCAGAUCUGUUGCACAGGGCUAUUCAGGUUUUGCACCUUCAGCAAGCUGGAUGGAUCCAUCAACAGCUGCAGCACAAAGUUCAUAUCAACCACAGGCUUCAUCCUUUGGCGUUGAAACAAGGAGCUCAGGCUCUAAUCUGUAUCGUUUUGCAGAUAUUGUUUUGGAACGUGAGACAGACUACAACUCUAGCAAAAGCAACGCAAUGCCCGGUGCCACCAACCCUAGCUAUUACUCAUCUUACCUAGGCUGAAUUGAAAGUGUUUAGUUUUGCUAUUUGUUUUCUUGUAAUACCCAAACAAUUGGCUGAAUCUUCUAGCUGGAUGCUCACCAUAUCAAAAGAUCAGUUGCAAUAUCUAUUUUGUUAUAGCCCCAGGUCGGUUGCCAUCUGCUUAAACAUAGUUUGCGGAUUAUUAAGGCUGCUCUUCAGUUGUAUGUAAACUUUGUGGUGGUGUCUCUUAGUCAUCUGAUAGAUAUCAUUAGCAACUAGCUAUACUCUGUAAGAAGAUGUCCGAGUUAGAGCAGUCAAAGGUUAACACACCUUUCCUUCCUGUGAAAAGAAUUGAAAGUUUUUAUUUUCCCUUUUCUUUCUUUAUUAUAUUGCAUGCUACUCAGCUCCUUAUAAAAAA